AUGUCGAUGACUUCCCUCCAAUCCUUUGCCGACUCCUCCUUCCCCUUUCUAUCCCGUUCGCAGCCUACUCGAAUGUCUCAAUCUCGAACCCCCGGCCUCGAUACGCUUGCGGAAGGUUCACAAUAUGCGUUGGAAGAGUUGCAACUAGCGCGACAAGCUGGCGCAUCAUCCCAAGCCCCGAUCGAUCCCGGACACAACCACAAUGCCCCCGGUUCAACAGAUGCGCGUCACUUGCAUUCAUACAACGACCAAAAUAAUACCCAUGAUGGUGGGAAAAUGUCCCUGCAACAGCGAGAUAUGCUUGCUGAGGCUCGGUCGGCGAUUCGCAAGAAUUCAACUGCCGGCCCAGUGCGCCGGAGAAUAAGCCGCGCUUGCGACCAGUGCAACCAGCUGCGAACCAAAUGUGACGGGCAGCAACCUUGCGCGCAUUGCCUCGAGUUCGGACUUAGCUGUGAAUACGCCCGCGAGCGUAAAAAGCGCGGGAAAGCAUCGAAGAAAGAUCUUGCACCGGGAACCUCCACGAACGGCGAGCAAAUCGUUCCAGAUGGAACAACGGCCCAAGAGAAUUCUCCUCCUUCGCAGUCUUCUCAUGAGGCGAACGGUAAUUAUAAUACAUCAUUUAACGUGGCCAGUACAUUGCCAGAGUCUACACAACAGCAUUUGCAUAAUUCCAGCAUCUCUGGCGUGGACGGUGUCCAGCACAACCCGCACUCGGCAACAGUACAUUCGCAGGCGAUGGGGAGCAAUAUGGAUGGUCUGUCCUUGAAUUAUGGGAAUUUACCUGAGACAACCCGACCUCACAUUUCUGUCUCCGACCUUCGAUCUUUGCAGAUGAUGCAGGAUUCCAAUGCAAACCAUAGAUCGCCGCCUUCAAUGCUUCAUGCGCAAGGAUUCGGGUCGGGUUACAACGACGGCUCGUAUUCUGUUAUGAACUCUCAAGACCACAAUUCAUCGGCACUGAACCAAUUUCGACUGGGUGGCUCAACAGAGAACCCAUCUGCGUCCUUUUUAGGGUUCACACCACCAACACAAUCUCCCAACUGGCUACCUCUCCCAUCACCAUCUCCAGCCAACUUUCCAUCGUUUAGUAUCGCUCCAUUUACAAGCUCUUUAAGAUAUCCCGUUUUGCAACCCGUCCUUCCUCAUAUCGCAUCCAUUAUUCCUCAAUCUCUCGCCUGCGAUCUCCUGGAUGUAUAUUUUACCAGCUCUACUUCCUCACACCUCUCUCCGCUGUCGCCAUAUGUUGUCGGUUUCGUCUUCCGCAAACAAUCCUUCCUACACCCUACAAAGCCAAGGUCCUGUACUCCAGGCCUACUAGCCAGCAUGCUCUGGGUAGCGGCGCAAACAAGCGAAGCUGCCUUUUUAACCUCGCCUCCAUCAGCACGAGGACGAGUCUGUCAAAAGUUGCUCGAAUUGACCGUUGGCUUGCUUCGACCGCUCAUCCAUGGACCUGCAACUGGUGAAACAUCGCCCAACUAUGCAGCUAAUAUGGUCAUUAAUGGGGUAGCUCUAGGCGGAUUCGGCGUCUCCAUGGACCAAAUUGGAGCUCAGAGUAGCGCAACGGGGGCCGUGGAUGACGUUGCGACCUACGUUCACUUGGCUACAGUGGUAUCAGCAAGUGAAUAUAAAGCUGCUAGUAUGCGUUGGUGGACUGCUGCAUGGUCCCUCGCGCGCGAGCUUAAACUCGGCCGAGAGCUACCACCGAGUGCCAACAACGGCCAAGACGGAGAGCUAGACGGGGAGAAUGAGAUAGACAUGAAUGGAAACAAAAGGCAGUCUGCAUCAUUACUAAACUCAAUGGGCCACGGCUCGGGAAGCUCUAGCGUGAAUAUAACAGAAGAAGAGCGCGAAGAGCGUCGGCGCAUCUGGUGGUUGCUAUACGUCAUGGACAGGCAUUUAUCUCUCUGCUAUAAUCGUCCUCUUACCCUCUUGGAUAAAGAGUGUGAAGGCUUAUUGCAGCCUAUGAACGACGACCUCUGGCAGGCUGGUGAUUUUUCAGCUGCUAACUAUCGACGCGCGGGACCAGCCUUCGAGUGUACAAGUCAUAGCAUGUUUGGUUAUUUCCUCCCUUUGAUGAGCAUUCUUGGUGAGAUUGUGGAUUUGCACCAUGCUCGGAACCAUCCACGGUUUGGGCUCCAUUUUCGCAACAGCGGCGAAUGGGAAAGCCAAGCCAUGGAAAUUACUCGACAAUUAGAUGUUUAUGCCCAAAGCCUAAAAGAGUUCGAGGCUCGGUAUACAAGUUCACUAACACUUGGAACUGGCGACAAUGACACGAAGAUGGAAGGGACGCAUAUGAACCAUGUCAGCCCCUCGGGACUCUCAAGCAGCACGGCUGGGUCACAUUUCAGCGAGUCCAUUGUCCACACCAAAAUGGUUGUGGCAUAUGGAACCCACAUAAUGCACGUCCUUCACAUUCUAGUCGCGGAUAAAUGGGAUCCAAUCAACCUACUCGAUGAUAAUGACCUUUGGAUCUCUUCUGAUUCUUUUAUUACUGCCAUGGGCCAUGCUGUCAGCGCUGCUGAGGCAGCUUCCGAUAUCUUGGAAUACGAUCCUGAUCUGAGUUUCAUGCCAUUUUUCUUUGGUAUAUAUCUUCUACAAGGAAGUUUCCUUCUGCUCUUGACGACGGAUAAGCUUGCAGGGGAUGCAAGUCCUAGUGUUGUUAGAGCGUGCGAGACCAUUGUGCGAGCACACGAGGCUUGCGUUGUGACUUUGAAUACAGAGUAUCAGAGAACAUUCCGCAAAGUUAUGCGUUCAGCCCUUGCGCAGGUUCGCGGCCGUGUUCCGGAGAGCUCUGCUGAGCAACAUCAACGGAGACGUGAGGUACUAGCACUUUAUCGCUGGAGCGGAGAUGGUAGUGGUCUCGCUCUAUGA